AUGAUUAACAAGAUAUUGUAAUGUAUAUGUAUUGUUUUAGGUCUAAUUCCUAUAUUGUAUAAAUAGUACUAUACAGAUUUAAAAUAGUACAAAAAUAUAAAUAUUUUACUAAGAUUAAUUACUAUAAUAUACUGCUGAUCAAUUUUCUAAAUUGAAUUGAAAAUGAAUUUAGCGCAAAAUACCGAAACAAGAUCAAAACCUGCGAAAUCAGGAAUCUUUGGAGUUAUGUUCUACAAAAAGCUGAAAAUGUCACUGAAACAUAGGCCUGAAAUUAUAAAACUUAUUAUGAAAAUGAGACAAUGCAUAAUCAAGAGAAAUAAAGAAAUUAAAAAGUUAAGACUACAGCUGAAGGAGUAUGAUUAUAAUAAAAGUCUCUCAAAGACUAAACAUUCUCACACACAAACUGAUGAAGACAAUAUUUUUAAGCAUAAAGACACUAACAGGUUGACACAUAAAAAUAAAACAAACAAAUCUGAUAAUGAAAGUCAAGCCAAAGAUUUAGGUUGGGCAGUAGAUGCGAAAGAAGGCACCAAAAGUAUUGCAGACCAAGUAAUGGAGGUAGCCCAGAGUGUUGUACAGGAAUCUGGCAUGGUCUAUGUUGAAUCAGCUGGAAUGUAUUAUGAUUAUAAAACUGGAUACUAUUACAAUCCUGAACUCAAACUAUAUUAUCACACAGACACUGGUUGUUAUUAUACCUACUUGGAUGAUAACAAGACAUUUGUAUUUCACUCAUAUCCAGACAGAAGUUCAGUAAAUGCCCCAUUAGAGGCACACAUGAAGAAAAAAGCAAAGAAACAAAAAAAGAUCACGAAAUCGGAUGACAUAGAAAACCUGACGACAAAUCUAUCUCAGGAUGAAGAGCCAAAAGCUAAACGCAAGAAGAGAAACAAGAAGAGUGAAAAGAAGAAGCUUGAAAAGGAGAUUACUGAUGAUACAGAAGAUGUAAAAGAAGCUAAUGAGAAUGUUCCUGAUGAUACAUCAGACUUGGAAGAUGGUGAAUGUAGUAUUACAAGUGAAUCCGGUGAUGACGACAAUGAUGAUAAUGAGGAUGGGGCAAGCACCUCAACAGCUAGUGAUGAUGAAUCGGUGUCCAAACACCAUCCGCCGUGUAUGCGCAUGAUAGUUCGAGAAACAAGUCUUCCUAAACUGAAAGUUGGAAGCCUUUUUCUCAUAACCAAAGAUGGAGGAACUAUCGGAAGGGAGGGUGAUCAUCAUUCAAUACUUUUAAAAGAUCAAAAUGUUUCUAGGAAUCAUCUGGAGAUACAGUAUAACACUGAAAGGAGAGGAUAUUUUGCAGUGGACUUUGGAUCUAAAAAUGGAACAUUAUUGAAUGGUCUUCGAAUGUCACCUAGCCAAGAAGCAAGUACACCUACCGAGAUUGUCCAUGGUAGUAUGCUGCAACUUGGAGAAACCAAACUUUUGUGUCACAUUCACCCUGGUACUGACACCUGUGGCCAUUGUGAACCCGGACUUAUCAUGGAGACCCAAGAGAAAGAAAAGAAAGUGGCGUAUACUCGAACAUGUAGCGUACAAAUCCAACACCAACUUGAGUUGGCGCGAUUAAAGAACAAGUACGCGCCCAAGCUGCCCGCGAUAGACCAGGUGGCGUACAACGAUAGAGCCCAGGCGAGAAGGGAGAAGGUCGGGUCUUCGCAUUCUUCUGAGAAGACCCAAAGUGCUGAUGUCAAUACGUACAUAGAACCAGAGAAUAAGGGAUUCAAGUUGCUGGAGAAGAUGGGUUGGUCGAAGGGCGAAGGGCUUGGCAAAGAUAAACAGGGUGACGUAGAUCCGAUACCUCUUGUAAGCAACGAAGGUAAGUCUGGUCUGGGCGCUCCACCGGGGCCUGAAUUGCCAAAGGGUAGGCUCGGGCCUGCCACGCUGAAGUUAGCAGCACGCACCAAGAUGCUGCAUCCACCAGCUAAGGCCUUCCAAGCCGAGCCUGAAGAUGACUCCGAGUGAAACAGUCAUGAAUUAUAGUAGUUAAAAUUUAGUUAGUUUUAAUAUUGUUUGCAAAGUUAAUAAAAACAUGUAUAAUUUUACAAUUUUUUAUAAUAUACUAGCACUUAACUUGGUCUACUGGCUUAAUGCCUAAUUGUGGCUCAUUUUUAUAGUAGAAUAAGAGUAUAUAAUUUGAAUUUGAUAAUAACGUUCGCGGAGUUGCAAACAAUCUGUUAUCAUAGUUUCAACGCGAUUGGAAAUACGGUAUGGCAGCUCUUAAGCUAAAUAUUAUGGAUACGCCUACUUUUCGCAAAUAAAUUGGCACAUAUUCCUGGGCUCAAUAUAACGAGUAUAAUUAGUAAGAGCCGAUAUAAGUAUUAUAAAUGCAACUAGCAAGUCAACUCGGUCACAAUACGGAAAACGAAGAGGAGCGAUAUGAAAGAGAGUUGUCCUGCGGUCUGUGGUCGUACCGGUUCGCUCGGAUGCGUACCGGUACUUGUAUUUAGGCGUCUCACGUAUAUGAAAUCUGUUGCACGUGAUUUGUGUUUUCAUUCCACAACUUUUUUCUACUUAGUGUAUUUUUUAUUAAAUUAGUACUUACCUUUUACUUUAAAUAUGCGUACCACCAAAUUUUUGUGACAGCCUUUGCAUAGUUUUAGGUAGUUAGCUGCCUAACAAAAGAGUUGACCAACCUUUUAUACUAUUUUAUUACACACUUUAUGUAAACACGUUUGAGCUCAAUAACUCUUACGGCUAAUCUAACCAACCGUUGUAUUGAAAGGACAUGGGCUGGAUCCACGACAUGCUGGAUGUGACUUUUACUAUAGAAUAGAGAGAGAAUAACUUCAUUUGAUGGCGAUAAAAAAAUGUGUUAAUCAUGUUUUAUGUAUCCUUAAAAAAAUUGUGUUCGUCAAUGUUAACUGAAACGCUUAAAUGACGCUCAAAUCGCAUUUUUCUUCUUCUUCGUAUGGAAUUGUUUAAUGUAUAAUUAUUAAAUGAAAUCAAAUUUAAUUUAAAGAAAACCUUAUG